AUGGCUUGGGUCAAAACUAAACCGUUUUCUUUUGACACUGUAACAAGAGGUGUUUCAGAGUUUAUGCCGCAGGACUGGUUGCUGACAGUGUGGCCAAUGUGGCCAGAUACUGACAGGGAUGGAGAAGCAGUUGUAUGGAUGCCGUUAGCCAAGGGCCAGAGUCUGUUCCCAGACUCCUUGCUCAUUUAUAAUAGCUUUGCUCAGUUCCUGGUCAAGGAGAAAGGGUAUGACAAAGAAUUACUAACUGUGACCCCAGAGGACUGGGAUUUCUGUUGCAAGGGCUUGGCACUGGAUCUGGAAGAUGGGAACUUCAUUAAAUUGGCAGAUAAUGGCACCGUGCUCAGAGCAAGCCAUGGCACAAAGAUGAUGGCUCCAGAGGCGCUGGCAGAGGAGUAUGGUGGGAAGGAGUGGAAAUACUUCAUGUCUGACACGGGAAUGGCUUGCCGAUCAGGAAAAUAUUAUUUUUAUGAUAACUACUUCGACCUGCCAGGAGCUCUUCUAUGUGCCAGAGUCGUGGACUCUUUAACAAAGCAGAACAAUGGUCAAAAAACAUUUGAUUUUUGGAAGGAUAUAGUUGCUGGUAUACAACACAAUUAUAAAAUGUCAGCUUUUAAGGAAAACUGUGGAAUAUAUUUUCCAGAAAUAAAGAGAGAUCCAGGCAGAUAUUUACACACUUGUCCUGAAUCUGUGAAAAAGUGGCUUCGACAGCUAAAGAAUGCUGGGAAAAUUCUGUUGUUAAUUACAAGUUCUCACAGUGAUUACUGUCGACUUCUCUGUGAAUAUAUUCUUGGGAAUGAUUUUACAGAUCUUUUUGACAUUGUGAUUACAAACGCAUUGAAGCCUGGUUUCUUCUCCCAUUUACCAAGUCAAAGACCUUUCUGGACACUCGAGAAUGAUGAGGAGCAGGAGGCAUUGCCAUCUCUGGAUAAACCUGGCUGGUACUCCCAAGGGAACGCUGUCCACCUUUAUGAACUUCUGAAGAAAAUGACCGGCAAAAGUGAACCCAAGGUCGUUUACUUUGGUGACAGCAUGCAUUCAGACAUUUUCCCAGCCCGUCAUUAUAGUAACUGGGAGACAGUUCUCAUUCUGGAAGAGCUCAGAGGGGACAGAGACGGGAAGCCUGAAGAAUCAGAGCCUCUAGAGAAGAAAGGAAAAUAUGAGGGACCAAAGGCAAAGCCUCUAAAUACAUUAUCUAAAAAAUGGGGCUCUUUUUUUAUUGAUUCAGUUUCAGGACUGGAAAAUACGGAAGACUCAUUAUUUUAUACAUGGUCUUGUAAGAGAAUCAGUACUUACAGCACUAUUGCAAUUCCAAGUAUUGAAGCAAUAGCAGAAUUACCCCUGGACUACAAAUUUUCAAGGUUCUCUUCAAGCAGUUCAAAAACAGCUGGCUACUAUCCAAACCCUCCAUCGAUCUUAUCAAAUAUUGAGACACUGACAGCCAAAUAA